UAUUCCGGACAGGUCAGGGAAGAUUCGUUCAUCCGGCAAUCUGCUGUCCGGGACUUGAGAAGAACAGUUUAUUAGCGCCGGCAGUAGACGGAAUUGCGCUAAGAGUGGACGGAAGAAAAGAUCUGAAAUACGCGAAUUGGUUUCGAAAAAGGAUAAACGGGGGAGUUAUCCGGGUGUAGGAUAUCCGGCAAUUGUUAUUCGACUGGAACUGGGAUGUGAUUAUGAGCCGGACCACGUGGAUUCGGAUGUUGAUAGUUGGGCUGGUAUGUGCCAUUCAGCAGAUAAAAGCACAAGAUCGCUGGUACUGGUACCAGCAAGCGAAGAACCAGCUGAUGAAAAAUCUGGAGGACGACCGGAAUUACAAUGUGGCCAAGAAUAUCAUCCUUUUCAUUGGGGACGGGAUGGGGAUGACCACCGUGACCACUGCCAGGAUCCUUCGGGGACAGAAGAAAGGACAGACGGGAGAAGAGAAUGAGCUUGCUUUCGACAAAUUUGAAUACGUCGCCUUGGCAAAAACUUACAACACCGACAGCCAGGUAGGCGACUCCGGUGCGUGUGCAACAGCCCUCCUAUGUGGUGUGAAAGGCAGAUUCGAGACAGUUGGACUGGACGACAGCGGAGUCUACGAGAAAUGCGAAAGCAGUUUCCAGUCCCGGAUUCCGUGCUUGGCAGACUGGGCCCAGGCUGAAGGUAAAUCAACUGGGCUGGUGACUACAACGCGUGUCACUCACGCCACCCCCGCGGCGAUGUAUGGACACUCUGCGAGUCGCUAUUGGGAAAGUGACCCUAAAAUUCCUGAGGAAGACCGCAAAUUGUGCAAAGACAUCGCACGACAGCUGGUUGAAAAUGACCCAGGAAGAAAUAUUAACGUGAUCCUGGGUGGUGGUCGGUGGCAUUUCCUGCCCAAAAAGGAGGAGGGUGCCCCGGCUGACAUGGGGCGGCGGGAGGAUGGCCAGAACCUCAUCGAUGCCUGGUUGGAGGACAAGAAGACCCGUCGACUCAAGGCCCGCUACGUCUCCAACAAAAGAGAGUUCGAUAAAGUGGAUCCCAGAAGCACAGACUACUUGCUGGGUUUAUUUAACUAUGGCCAUAUGGCUUAUGAAGUGGACAGAGACAAAGGCCCGGAUGGAGAACCAUCACUGGCUGAGAUGACGCGGAAGGCCAUCGAAAUAUUACGAAAGAAUCCCAGAGGGUAUUUCCUCAUGGUGGAAGGUGGUCGCAUCGAUCAUUCUCAUCACUUCAACAACGCUCACAGAGCUUUGACGGAUACACUUGCUUUAGAAGAUGCUGUAAAUGUUGCUUUAGAUAUGACCAGACCGGACGAUACCCUCAUAGUUGUCACUUCGGACCAUUCACAUGUUUUUGCAUUUGGUGGCAACCCGAAAAGAGGGAAUCCUAUUUUAGGACUCGAUAACAAGCCGUCUGAUGUGGAUAAUAUGCCUUAUACAACACUAUUGUACGCUAAUGGACCAGGAUAUAAAAGAGAUUUGGUUACCGGCAGAGAAAACCUAACGGGCACAAACACAGAUGACAAAAACUACGUGCAGCAAAGCGCCGUACCUCGCAAGUGGGACACCCACGGCGGUGAAGAUGUUCCAGUUUAUGCUCACGGCCCCAUGGCUCAUUUGUUCCGAGGAGUACUCGAGCAGACUUACGUACCCCAUGCUAUGGCCUAUGCAGCCUGCAUAGGCCCUCAGAGGGAUGACUGUGAACGACGACGGCGACAGGCUUAUCAACGGCAAGUCAUCGAGUGCCCGUCGGCCCACAGGGACGACUCUUCAGGCCAAAGGCUUCUGGCGAGCUCGAUGGCAACCAUCUGGUGCUUUGCCUGGACAUGUGUUGAGCUGUGGAAGAUUCGAGCAGUUCUUACGUGACCUCACCAUCACCGGACUCCUGCAAACCCUGAGACUGCAAAGUAGGGUGAUGUGAUCCUACAUAUCCCGGCGUUCCUAUAAAGGAACGUAUUUGGAACUGUUCAUGUUUUGAUACGGUAAUUUAAUAUUAGGGCGAAGUCUUCAGAACAAAUUUCAGAGAAAGGUCAGAAAGUUUUAGAAUAAUGAAUUUAAUACUGAAAUGCUAAACUACAUUUUGAAUGAUGAUGUGUCUGAACACGGUCUCUGUGUUUUUCAGCGAAUGGAAACCGAGUCUCGUUCUCCUUUUUGAUUUUAAAAAAAAUGCUUAAAAAAUGUAUAUUUAAUCCAAUUUUCAAACAUAAGCUUCUUUAAAAAGGAAGCUUUUUAAGUAAUGUUGUUAUUGGGAUGUAGCGAGAAAAUGGAGACUCGUAAAUUUCUUCUUUCGCAUGUUUUGCUUAUAGAAGUUUCUUAAACACUUGUUCUCAUGAUGAGUUGUCAAUGAUGUAAAGUUAAAUAUUUUUGCAAUGAUGUUUCCGAAAGGCUGAUUUUCUCAAACGUUUUGCUGUACAAUUCAUAAUAUUUCAAAAUCUUCUAAUGUAAACUUUAUUCACGGCAUUCUUUAGAAUUUCUUAAAAUUUUUAGAUUAGAUUUUUUUAUUAAGAUUAUACUAAUUUUAAUGCGAGCGUGAUGGUAAGAUUACGCCAGAAACCAUGCUUACAAAACGCUUAGAAUUAUUUUCAAAAUAAUUUAAAAAUGCAUUGAAAUAUCCCUUACAAUAUUUUCCGGGUUAAUAUGAUCUAUACUUAAGGAUUUUUGCUCAAUAAUAUUUGAAUUUAUUCUAUUUAGCACUUGAGUCAUAUUUUCUGAUAAGAAGAAAAUUCACUCAUAUUAAAGGUACCCCUGAAAUCUUUCAACAAAAAAUAUAAUAAGACUUCAUCCUAAAGGAAACAAUGUUUUCUACUGACGUAAAACUGUUGUUACUUCACGGUGCAUGAACCACUGUGUGUAAAGCUGUUCAAACAAAACUCAAAUUUGUGAAUAUUCCAAAACGUAAGUUAGAACUCUCUUAAGAUGCAACUAAACAAAAAGAAACUUAACUUUCACUCAAACAUUCUUCUUGCUGUGUACCUUGUAAUGCUAAACUUUAUAAACCACGAUUUAGAUUAUCAUUAUAUACGAAAUGAUUCUUUUUUUUAAUCGUUCACUUCUUCAUUAUGCAAUUUUUAAACACGACUCUUUUGGAGCGAUGAGAGGGUCGCGGUGGCCUGAUGGUAAUUAUUACUUCGGAACCGGAUGGUUGCAGGUUCGAGUCCUGAUUACACCGAAAAAUCGUCAUGUAAGCCUGUCUGGUGCACGUUAAAUCCGUCGGGGCCAAACGUCCUGCCACUGAUGUGGUGUGAAAGCUUGUAGAGGAGAAUACCAGCUCAGGCGUCAUUCUCAUCAUCUGACAGAGGUUCAAAAUUACGAGGUAUGUCCCAAAAUAGUGUUCCUUUAAAACAGGGCGUUAAUAUAACUAAACUAAACUAAUUCGAAGUGAUGAAAGCAUACUAUAUAAUAGAUUACGUAAGCAGGCAUUUAAGUAAAAACCUUUUAUACUUGUAUCUUUAACGAAAGAACAACACAUUGUUUACAUAUUUUCCAGGAUUUUGACUUUAUUUUCUGUUUUGUAUCAAGAUGAAUUUCACAUUUUUGUAGCAAUGACAGAUUCAGUUUAGAGUCUAGUUCAGUAAAUGACGAUGGCCUCUUAUCACUUCUCAGGAAUAAAUAUUAUUUGACCAUUUGACUGUAAUGGACGCAGUAUAUGCGCUUUUCAAACUCCAUCACUGUUGUCUGUGACUGAAUAGGUGCGUUCGUGCAAGCCAUCUGCUCAUUCCUGUUCUAUCUGUGAGAUGUGUGAAUGUGCCCUCCUGUAAAAAGGGGUUGUGCAAGCGAAUGAGUGAUGCGUGAGUAGUCAAGUCGUACUCUUGGCCGAAGUUGGCUCUACGAUAAAAACAAGAGGCGCUCCACCUUAGGCUUAAAUCGGCUGUCUUUGAACAGCGGGCUUGUCCGUGGCAAGUGCCAUAAGAAACAACAACAACAACCUCAGCGAUUGUUACUACCGGCCACACGCGAAGCGCUUCUUGAGUAGUCAUCAAUCAAAAGGUUAAAGUAUGAUUCUAUAUCUUUUCUACAUAGUAGUUAGGAUGUUUUUACAUAUUCUCUAGAAAGUAUAUUAACUGAAUCGUUAAUUAUAACAAAAGUACAAGUUAUUUUCCUAUUUCUUAAGUUUACUUUGGAUCUUUCGUAGCUCAUUCGUUCUUAUAUUUCUCGUAAUUGCAAUUUUUACAUUUACAUUUUUACAUUUAUUCGUUUCCCUAUCGUCGUUGAAUUUUCUGCAAAAGAUAAAUGCUCUUCUCUUUUAUUAGUGUUCUGUGAUAUUUUAAUCCACUGUUAAUGUACUGAUGUAUAAGCAAUUUACAAUAAUUUCACCAUUUUAGCAUCAAUCUCUAAAACGUUACUCCUUUAUCGGAAUUUCUUUUCGAUGUUGUUUAGAUACAAGGUUUUUUUUAAAAGGAACUUUUAGAAUAUGCAUGAAAAAUGAAUAAAAAUUCAAAUAAACGCAAAUUUUAAAGGAUGCCGUGGAUAGAAUUUUAACUGAGGACUUGAAAAAUAUUUGACAGAACAGCACAGAUUUGAAAUUAGGCCGGCUGUUAGAUAGCAACUACAUAAUAUUUAAGCAAAUGGCAAGUGAUAACUUGGAAAUAAUAAACGUUUUUGGAAACUGCUUUCAAGAUUCCAUGUACAAGACUGCUCUUCUACAAACCAAAUGUAGAUUUUGUUUACAAAAAGUUGACUUUGAAGUGCAUGAUGUACAUAUAAAUGUGCAUAGACAUAAACCUCUAUAGUUUCUGUAUAUACAUGCGAAAGAAUUUAUGCACCGAUAAAUAUAUAUCCCCACCCCCACCGAUUUCUUCAUUUAGUUAUGCAUUACGUUCAAAAUGAGAAGAAAAGAAAUCAUGUUAUUACUUUUCAUAUUCUAAACUGAUCUUUUAGGAAUUCCUCCUUUUCACUUUUAUUUGAAUAAAUGGAAUUUUAAUUGUUAUUAUCAUUUGUUCUGUUCCAUAAAAGAAAUGAUAUGCAUCUGGACGAUUUAAACAAAAGUCUUGUUUUCAUUUCUUAAACGAGAUCAAGCUUUCAUUUUCAUUUUCUUAAGCACGCAUUAAGCAUGCGCAUUAACAUCAUUUUUUGCUAUUUUUUUGUAAAUUGCUUUUGGUAUUCUUUUUCCAUCAUGCUGUUUCUUUUUAUUCCUUUGUCUCAAGCUGAAUGGCACUGCAGUGACUGUCAUUAUUUUGAUUGUACCGAAAUAAGGAUUGUAAUAAAAAUAAAUGAAUUUCAAAGUA